AUGGGAGUUGGACAUUGGGUUAACAACCCAAUUCUGGAAAAAGAUGACGUUCAGACACUCUUGAGACGAGGCCUCGGAAACAUGACUCCCUUUGGUAGACGUGGAAAACGGAAAAAGGACAUGAUUUUGGCCACAUGGAACAUCGGAAGUUUACGAAAACCGGGCGCUUUGGCAAGGCUCAAGGAAGAAUUAGGCAAAUAUAUAGUUGAUAUUGCUGCGGUGCAAGAUAUGAGGUGGAACGGAGGUGGCAUUAUGGGCUCUGGCGAGUAUACGGUUUGCUACAGUGGGCAGAUAACAAGAGCGGAGUUUGGAACUGGCUUCUUGGUACAUAGAAGUAUUAAAACAGUAAAUGAGAGAAUGUGUACAUUAAGAAUCAGAGGAAGAUUUUUCAACUCAACCCUAAUCUGCGUUCAUGCGCCCACAGAAGACAAGGAGUAA